UGUUACCGACCCCCUUUUCCACUCCCAAUAAGAUUGACUAUAUAUGCUGAUCAUUCCAGAAAAAUCUCGACGGUUCCUUGAGUAGUCGAGCAAGCAGUUCCAAGUUUAGAAACAAUAACUCAUCACUGAGGGAAUCACUGAAAAUUUUCUGUUAACUGGAAUCUAAAUUUCCAUGUGAAUGGGGCUGUCUCUGGUCUCGUGUCGAGACUAAUAUUUUUCCAAGAGCCUGAAAAUGUGAUGUUUUUAUGAUGUUGGGAGUCUCCAGGUAAACGGAAAAACGGAGUCCUUUACCAGUCUAGAUGUCUCCGAUGAGCUCACAACUGCCCAGCAGCUCCCCCUACACGUGGCUCAUUAGAAAGCGUGGAAAAGAAGGGAAAAAUGAAAAGAGAAACUGCCAGGACUUAAGAUGUCUGCUUAAAGACCCUUCGAGCUGCCAUGAAGAUUCUACCCGCUUCCAAAAUGUCCACCCGCAUUCCUGACGUCACUCGAUCGUCUCCAUCAAGCCAGAAAACCAGCGUGUGCUCCAAUCAGGGCUCAGUCCCCGCCCGUGGCUUGCGUCACUUCCGGUGGUGCAGCAGCCAUUUUGUCAGUCGCCAGCGGAUCCCGCGCGCUGGAGAAGUGCAGUUCCCCCUGGUUACCAACUCGUCCGCUUUCCCUUCGCACUGAGGGAGCCGUCGAAGAGUGCUCGCCAAAGGCGCAGCCGUUUCUCCCCACGGCGCCUCCGCUCCUGCUGCAGCCGCGCGUAGGUAGUGCGCUGUUUUCCUCACCUGCCCCUGACAGGCGCCCUCAGGGAGCCGUGGUCCGCGAUGUCAAGCGAGGAAAGCUACCGGGCCAUCCUGCGGUACCUGACGAAUGAGCGCGAGCCGUACGCCCCGGGCACCGAGGGCAAUGUCAAGCGUAAAAUCCGGAAAGCUGCCGCCUGCUACGUGGUGCGCGGUGGGACUCUGUAUUACCAGCGGCGGCAGCGGCACCGCAAGACCUUCGCGGAGCUGGAGGUGGUGCUGCAGCCGGAGCGGCGCCGGGACCUCAUCGAAGCGGCGCACCUGGGUCCGGGCGGCACCCACCACACCCGGCAUCAGACCUGGCACUACCUGUCCAAGACGUACUGGUGGCGAGGUAUAUUGAAGCAAGUCAAAGAUUACAUUAAACAGUGUAGCAAAUGCCAGGAGAAAUUAGAUCGAUCCCGUCCAAUAUCAGAUGUUUCAGAAAUGUUGGAAGAAUUGGGACUAGACCUAGAAUCUGGAGAAGAAAGUAAUGAAUCAGAAGAUGACCUGAGCAACUUUACUUCAUCUCCAACUACAGCCUCCAGGCCUUCAAAAAAGAAGCCAGUAUCCAGACAUGAACUUGUGUUUGUUGACACCAAAGGAGUGGUAAAACGUUCUUCUCCAAAACAUUGUCAAGCUGUCUUAAAACAGCUGAACGAACAGAGACUUUCCAACCAGUUCUGUGAUGUUACUUUGCUAAUUGAAGGAGAAGAGUACAAAGCCCAUAAAUCUGUUUUGUCAGCAAAUAGCGAGUAUUUUCGUGAUCUUUUUAUUGAGAAAGGAGCUGUUUCCAGUCAUGAGGCUGUGGUGGAUCUUUCUGGUUUUUGUAAGGCCAGCUUCCUUCCGUUACUGGAAUUUGCCUAUACUUCUGUACUAAGUUUUGACUUCUGUAGCAUGGCUGAUGUAGCCAUCUUAGCUCGUCAUCUUUUCAUGUCAGAAGUCUUAGAGAUUUGUGAAAGUGUACAUAAGCUAAUGGAAGAGAAGCAGCUAACAGUAUAUAAGAAGGGCGAAGUACAAACAGUUGCAUCCACCCAGGACUUACCAUUACAGAAUGGAGGUCCAGCACCUUCCAUGGCUAGCAAUGAGGGAAGCACAACCACUUUAUCCACGGACCUUGGGGAUUGUGAAAUUGUACUGUUGGUGAAUGGAGAAUUGCCAGGAGCUGAGCCCAAUGGAGGGGUAGGACGACAGCCUGAGCCCCAGGUUUCUUCAGAGGCUGAAGCUGUCCAGUCGUCUGUAGGAUGUGUAGCUGAUUCCCAUCCUGAAAUGGGGUCUAUCGAUUUAACAAAAAACAACCAGAUGGAACUAAAAACUUCAAACAACAGAGAAAAUAACACAGUUUCUAAUACAUAUCCUAAACUUUCAAAAGAGACUGUAAUUAGUAGCUCACCAGAGGAUAGUGAUGUGGGAAAUGAUAUAUCUGCUGAGGAUAUUUGUGCCGAAGGCAUUCCAAAACAUACGCAGAAUGUUGACCAGCCUUUAGAAGAUCAGGAAAAUCUAGUUCCAUCAACAGCAAAGACAGACUUUGGCCCUGAUGAUGAAACUUACAGAAGCAGGCUUCGACAACGUUCUGUUAAUGAAGGGGCAUAUAUUCGACUACACAAGGGAAUGGAGAAAAGGCUGCAGAAACGGAAAGCCAUUCCCAAGUCAGCAGUUCAACAGGUGGCUCAGAAGUUAGUUCAAAGAGGCAAAAAAAUGAAACAGCCAAAAAGAGAUACUAAAGAGAACACCGAAGAAGCAUCCCAUAAAUGUGGGGAAUGUGGAAUGGUUUUUCAGAGACGAUAUGCCCUUAUAAUGCACAAACUGAAACAUGAAAGAGCUAGAGAUUAUAAAUGUCCAUUGUGUAAAAAGCAGUUUCAGUACAGUGCUUCCUUGCGAGCACACCUUAUUCGUCAUACCAGAAAAGAUGCACCCUCUUCAUCUUCAUCCAAUUCCACAUCUAAUGAAGCAUCAGGAACAUCAUCUGAGAAGGGCAGAACCAAACGGGAAUUUAUAUGUUCCAUAUGUGGAAGAACAUUACCUAAAUUAUACUCUCUUCGAAUACAUAUGUUAAAGCACACAGGUGUAAAGCCACAUGCAUGCCAGGUCUGUGGAAAGACUUUUAUCUAUAAGCAUGGUCUAAAAUUACACCAGAGUCUCCAUCAGUCACAAAAGCAGUUCCAAUGUGAGCUGUGUGUUAAGUCAUUUGUUACCAAACGGAGUCUUCAAGAACAUAUGAGUAUUCACACAGGAGAGUCCAAGUACCUUUGCUCAGUUUGUGGGAAGUCUUUUCAUAGGGGUUCUGGACUCAGCAAGCACUUCAAGAAACACCAACCAAAGCCUGAGGUUCGGGGCUAUCACUGUACUCAAUGUGAAAAAAGUUUCUUUGAAGCUAGAGAUCUUCGCCAGCACAUGAACAAACAUCUUGGUGUGAAGCCAUUCCAGUGCCAAUUUUGUGACAAGUGCUAUAGUUGGAAGAAAGAUUGGUAUUCCCAUGUGAAGUCUCAUUCUGUCACUGAGCCUUAUAGGUGUAAUAUAUGUGGCAAAGAAUUUUAUGAAAAAGCUUUGUUCAGAAGGCAUGUAAAGAAAGCUACCCAUGGGAAAAAAGGAAGAGCAAAGCAAAACCUGGAACGGGUGUGUGAGAAAUGUGGAAGAAAAUUCACUCAGCUAAGAGAGUAUAGGAGACACAUGAACAACCAUGAAGGAGUUAAGCCAUUUGAGUGCUUAACAUGUGGAGUCGCUUGGGCUGACGCCCGAUCUCUAAAGCGCCACGUCAGAACACAUACAGGUGAACGGCCCUAUGUCUGUCCUGUAUGUAGUGAAGCCUACAUAGAUGCUCGAACACUCCGUAAACAUAUGACUAAAUUCCACAGAGACUAUGUGCCUUGCAAAAUUAUGCUGGAAAAAGACACCCUUCAGUUUCAUAACCAAGGAACUCAGGUGGCACAUGCUGUUAGCAUCUUAACAGCAGACAUGCAGGAACAAGAAAGCAGUGGUCCUCAAGAACUUGAGACUGUGGUAGUGACAGGAGAAACUAUGGAAGCUCUGGAAGCUGUUGCAGCUACUGAAGAGUAUCCAUCGGUUUCUACGCUUUCUGACCAAAGUAUAAUGCAAGUGGUUAAUUAUGUAUUGGCACAACAGCAAGGACAGAAGCUAUCUGAAGUUGCAGAAGCUAUUCAAACUGUUAAAGUAGAGGUAGCACAUGUUUCAGAAGGAGAAUGAAUAUGUUAUGAAGAUAAAAAGUAACAUCUCUUGUACACUGAACUCACAGAACAUUUGUUUACAGUUCUUGAUGACUAUGUGCUUGGAGUUUACAUAUCAAAGCUCUGGGCUGUUUGGUAACAUAACAUUUCCAAAUAUUCUCUCCAGCUGAUGGGUUCAAUAGAAAAGUCCAUUUAGUGUAAAGGAAUUGAAAACAAGUCUAUUAGGUUGGUGCAAUUACUUUUGUAAUUGACUAAUUAAUUACUUUUGCACUAACCUAAUAUUUGAUGGCAGUGGUUUAUCAUGAUACACCUUUUAUGAAUUAAUGUUUAUAAAUGACUGUACUGAAUUUAAAACUGUACAGUUUCAUUUGCAUUUUGACAUAUUAUACAUUUUGCAUUUAAAAGGCUGCACCAAUUGGCUUUUCUUCUGUUUUAUUCUCAAAAUACAGAGAUUCUGUGAUUUAUUUGCCCUGUUUAUGGAUUAAAAAGAAAAUUCUAAUAUAAAAGCAUUUCAAUAGGAUGCAUAGGUAUAUUACUUUUAAAUGCUUUAGAUCUGUGAUUCUUGACUAUUUAUUUUAUCCCUUUUAAGUCAGGGAUUCUUUAUUCUGUUUUAAAGCACUUAAUGAGUUACAUGUUGUAAUCAAGUUUGCACAAUAUAUUUAUCUAUAUGGGGAACCCAUAAAUGAAUAGCUAAUUUUUCAAAUGCCAUUAAAAUGCAUGAAAUGCUUAUUAAAACCUUAUUAUACUGUCUCUUCAAGGCAAGUAAAUUGACCAUGAGAAAAGAACACUUAUUAAACACUGUUGAUGGAAAAAUUCUCCUUGUUAACAUAGGACAAUUAAUGGGGAAAAAAAAUUCUCGUUCUUUGCAAAGAAUGAACAAGUUGAUAAGCUAGGUUUGGUAUGUUUUCAGCUUUUGUAUCAUGUUUGUUUAAUUUGGUUGAAAAACUGCAGUUGAGAAAUCGGAUAGCAAUAUAGAAAUUCACAGCAGCUCUGUGGAUACCAUGUAAUUGUCAGAUAACUUCGGAAUAUUGAAUAUUAUUCAGUGCAGCCCUCAUAGUAUAAUACUUGAAGAAAUUAAUUGAUUACAAUUUCACCAAAUUGUUUAAGGUAAAUUUUUUUCUUUUGAGAUGAAGUUUUGCUCUUGUUGCCCAGGCUGGAGUACAAUGGCACAAUCUCAGCUCACCAUAACCUCCACCUCCUGGGUUCAAG